UUAAAUAUUCCUCGCUUUUCUAUUCCAUCCUCAGUUUCUGUGAGGACAGAAGUGUAGUAAGAGUCGUUGCGCGAUGCUAUCAAAUUAUCCGUAAAUCUCAACAAUUAUUAUUAGGGAUAUAAGAUUAUUUUCAAUUAUAUUUAAGUUGUUUAUAUAUAUUCUUAUUGAAAGAAUUCAUCAUGUAUUUCACUGUAAUAUUAAUUAGUAUUCUAACAAUUUUAUUUGAACUAUACUUUGGAAUAGCAGAAUAUUUUUUAAAUAAAUUACAUAUGUUUAAUAUUACGAAAGGAAUUCCUGGACCAAAAGCAUUUCCUAUAAUUGGGAAUGCUCAUCUAUUUACUGGCGACACAACCGCUCUAUUCAAACAAAUGCUAAAUAUUGGUAAGAAUUAUCAAUUAUUGUGGCGUAUGUGGAUAGGCGCGAAAUUAUUUUUAAUAAUAGAGAAUCCUGAAUAUGUCAAGACUUUACUAAAAAGUCCAUAUAUUAUUGAUAAGAGCAAGGAAUAUGAAAAAUUGAAAGUUUCUUUGGGCAAUGGAUUGUUAACUGCUCCAGCAUCAGUAUGGGAUUCACAUCGAAAAGUUCUAAAUAAAAUGUUCCUUAUGAAAAAUAUAGAGUCAUAUAUGGAUGUAUUUGUUAAUCAUUCUGUCGAAUUAAUGGAAAAAUUAGAAACUCUUGUUGGAGAAGAAUUAGACAUUUUUGAUUAUGUCUUGCGUUGUUCUUUAGAUAUAAUAUGUGAUGCCACGCUGAAUACGCAACUAAAUUCGCUGACAAAUCCGGAUUGUAAAUUAGCUGAAUCAAUAAAAUGUGCGAUGGAUAUAGUAACACAAAGAAUCUUUAAAUUAUGGUUACAUCCGAAUAUUAUAUUUUAUAACACUGCUGUAGGAAAGAAAUUUCUGGCGUGCAAGGCUUACCUGGAUAACGUAACAACCAAGAUAAUCAAAGAAAAAAUGGGAUCUAUGUUAAAAAGUAAAAUUAAUCAAGAAUUGACGACGGAAAAGUUAGGACAAAAACGGAAGACAAUUUUCGAUUUUUUAUUCGAGAUAUCGAACGAAGAAGAAGGAUAUACGCAGGAAGAUAUCCGCGAUGAAAUUAAUACAAUAAUUACAGCUGGAAGCGAAACUACAGCCACAACCAUUAGCUUUGUCCUCUUAAUGCUUGCUUCAUUGCCAGAAAUUCAAGACAAUGUAUAUGAGGAAGUUAAUCGAAUUUAUUGCUCGGACGAUUCAAAAAAUGUUUCAAUGACAUAUGAUGAUAUUAAAAGUAUGAAACUUUUGGAACGUGUGAUCAAGGAAACGUUACGUUUAUUUCCUAUUAUUCCAAUCAUCGCCCGGAAAGUGACGCAAGAUAUAAAAGUUACUUCAAAUUGGACAAUACCGAAAGGAUGUUCAGCAGUAUUUUUUAUAUAUAAAAUACAUAGAAAUGCGAAAUAUUGGCCACGACCAUUAGUAUUUGAUCCUGACAGGUUCCUACCGGAAAAUAAUUCUUCUUCGUAUUUCUUUCCAUUUAGUUACGGAAAAAGAAAUUGCAUAGGUCAACAAUUCGCUAUGCUGGAGAUCAUAACAGUAAUAGCUACACUGCUAAAAAGAUUUAGAGUUAUAAUAGACAAGCCAAUUGAAAUUGCAGAAAUAGACGUAAAGUUCAGCAUCACAUUAACUCCGACGAAACCAAUAAGAUUAAAAUUUGAAAGAAGAAAUUAAUCAAAACAUAGAAUAUAGAUGCAUGAAUAUAUAUAUAUAU